CUUGUCCAUUGUUACCAGUUUCCCAGUCUUGCUUUUCAGGGGGGAUACACUUCUUUUGACCUUCCUGUUCUGGCUGACAGACCCGUAGCAGCCCUUCUUGUUGUUGUUUUCACCCCUUGCAAUGUUCAGCUCCAGCUGCACCUUGGACUUCCUGACCUCCUCCCGAUGUAACCAGGCAGUGUUCCUCCUAACCUGGUGUUCCUCCAAUACAAAGAGGAGGGUGUUUCCCAGGGCAGAUCCUGCCCUGAUUUGUGUCUGAACUUUAAAAGAUUUUCUGCCAUCUUUGCCGUGUCCGUGAUUAUACAUUUACCAAAUGCAAAUAAGUCUAAAGAUCAUCCAUAAAAACCAGCGACCAGAUCGCUUAAAAUCACUAAGCUGGGGAUCUUCCUCUGUGGUGGCACUCGCCCGAUCCCUGCAGGAAUGGCCCCGGGGCUCAGAGCUUCUCCACGAGCUGUGGUCCUGCUCCUGUCCCUGCUGGGUCUGGCUGCUGCUGGGAAGCUCCUGGUGGUGCCAGUGGAUGGGAGCCACUGGCUCAGCAUGAGGGAAGUGCUGGACAUUCUCGGGCAGAAGGGACACGAGGUGGUGGUGGUGGCACCUGAAGUCACUAUGCGCAUCAAACCAUCGGAGAACUUUCUGAUGAAAAGGUACUCGGUCCCCUACACACAGGAAGACUUGAAGCAAGAAUUCCAGGCUUUUUUUCAUUUUUCAUUUGAAGAAGGAUCUUUUCUGGAAAGAUUUGUUAAAGCGUACAAAGGUAUUAAAAGAAUCACUAACUUUGGGGUCACCAGCUGUCAACAUCUCCUGCAAAACAAGGAGCUCAUGAGGUACCUUGAGGAGAGCAAGUUCGAUGCCCUCCUUACAGACCCUGUAAUACCUUGUGGGUUGAUCCUGGCAGAGCAUCUUUCACUUCCCUCCGUGUAUUUCCUCCGAGGAGUCCCGUGUGGUUUGGAUUUUGAAGCCACUCAGUGUCCCAAUCCGCCGUCCUAUGUGCCCAGGGCAUUUUCACAACUUACAGACCACAUGAGCUUUCUCCAGCGGGUGAAGAAUCUGCUCUUUGACACCCAAAACCUUUUUCUCUGUGAUUUUGCCUUUGAACCAUUCUCGAAAUUGGCUUCGGAGUUCCUCAAGAGAGAUGUGACUGUGCUGGAUCUCUUACGGAAGGGCUCUGUUUGGCUCCUGAGGUUGGAUUUGUGUUAG